AUGGAACAUGAACGAGCUUGUAAAGAAUCAAAAAAACUUCAUUUGAAUUCUUUACAUGGUUAUCAUUAUGAUAGUCAAUUACAUCGUUGGAAAGGUCUUGAUUAUAGUAUUAGUACAACUCAAUCAAAUGCUAAACGUAAAGAACUUCAAUCAUUGACUAAGCAUUUUCUACGAACUCAUUGGAGAGAAAAACAUCAACAAUUUCAAAAUAUUAUCAAAGGACAAUAUAAUCCAAUAAAUAAUUCUAUUCAAUCAUCAGAUGAUCGUCCAUAUCAAUGUUCUCUAUGUCAAAGAAAGUUUGCUACUGAAAAUGCCGUAACUAAACAUCGAAAAGGUUGUACAGGAAAUCGACAGAUAGCUGUAAAGAGUCAUGAUAUGAGAAAUAAAAAUGUUAAAUAUUAA